UGCCAGGCGCGGCUUCAUCGGCGUUUUGCCACUUGUCCCCGAGUUGUUGGUCCUCAAUAUGUCCGAGACUGCUCCUGCCGCUCCCGCCGCCGCGCCCCCGGCGGAGAAGACCCCCGUGAAGAAGAAAGCGGCCAAGAAGUCGGGGGCAGCGCCUCGCAAGGCGUCCGGCCCUCCGGUGUCAGAGCUCAUCACCAAGGCUGUGGCCGCCUCUAAAGAGCGCAGCGGGGUUUCUCUGGCUGCGCUGAAAAAAGCGCUGGCCGCCGCCGGCUACGAUGUGGAGAAGAACAACAGCCGCAUCAAACUUGGUCUCAAGAGCCUGGUGAGCAAGGGCACCCUGGUGCAGACCAAGGGCACCGGUGCUUCUGGCUCCUUCAAACUCAACAAGAAGGCGGCCUCCGGGGAAGCCAAGCCCAAGGCCAAGAAGGCGGGCGCCGCCAAGCCUAAGAAGCCCGCAGGGGCAGCCAAGAAGCCCAAGAAGGCGACUGGCGGCGCUACCCCGAAGAAGAGCGCUAAGAAAACACCUAAGAAGGCGAAGAAGCCGGCAGUGGCUUCUGUGACCAAGAAGGUGGCCAAAAGCCCAAAGAAGGCUAAGGUUGCCAAGCCCAAGAAAGCCGUUAAAAGCGCUGCUAAGGCUGUGAAGCCCAAGGCCGCCAAGCCCAAGGUUGUCAAGCCUAAGAAGGCGGCACCCAAGAAGAAAUAGGUGAACGCCUGCUUCUAAAACCAAAAGGCUCUUUUCAGAGCCACCACUGAUCUCAAUUAAAGAGCUGGAUAUCUCUUU